CCAUUCAAUUCAUUUUCAAAAGCCUUUAAACAUUUCCCUGUUCGGGUGAGCUCGUCAUGUUUUUUUUGGUAUUCAUAUCGAGCACUGGAACCCAUUCCCGCCAAUUGAGUGACACAACCUAAAUCUUUAGGCGGACACCGCCUUCAGUACCUCGAAUAGUACCCUGCGAAUAUAUCAGACGAAAGCCAUAGCUUGCUUGCUUGCCUGUCCUGCUCGCAUUGUCCUUGGCAAUCGUCUACCGUCGGAAUCUCAACGCCCGUAGAAAAGGCAACUAGGAGUAGUCGGCUAUUGUUAUUCUUUCCAUUGCGUAUCUGUACCGCGCCUUGGGGCUACAGAUAUAACGAAGAGCGUAUACCACGCAUACUAUCAAAUCCUUCGAGCGCGCUUGACGCAAUCCUAGAGGGGAAAUAUUAGAAGAGUCCCCGAAUCACGAACCACGAACACGAAGUACGUAAAGCGUCAAGCAACCGUCGCUCGAGAUCCAGUUGCACGAACUUCAACGUCGCUUCGUCGCUGUGCCACCGUCCGAGCUCUCCCUUGCGGUCAAUCGAGACGGCCGGUUUUACGCGCGCGUGCCGAGAUAUAUAUACUUGACAGUUGAAAUAACAUAAACACCGGGCUAUUAGCCCGAUCGCCUAUCAUGCCUCCGGAAGGUGACAUAGCGUCCAUGGCGCAGGGCGCGGGAAACAACUCGAGCGACUUUGUUCGCAAAUUAUACAAGAUGCUAGAAGACCCUGCCUACAGUGAGGUGGUGAGGUGGGGCAAUGAAGGUGACAGCUUUGUUGUUCUCGAGAAUGAGAAAUUUACCAAGACUAUACUGCCGAAACAUUUCAAGCAUAGCAAUUUUGCUAGCUUCGUUCGACAACUUAAUAAAUACGAUUUUCACAAAGUGCGGCAUAACGAAGAGAAUGGGCAAUCCCCAUAUGGCGCAUCUGCAUGGGAAUUCAAGCAUCCCGAGUUUCGCGCCGAUCGAAAAGAUAAUCUUGAUAACAUCCGACGAAAGGCACCAGCGCCUAGGAAGGUUCAGGCCACAGAGGAACAAUACGGGGUUUCUAACCAACAAGUUCUUGUUCUCAGCGAGACGCUAGCCGCGACGCAGCAGCAGGUUCAACAGCUCCAGGAAUCAUAUCACGAAAUUGUGAACGCGAAUAAGAUCUUCGUAGAUGAAAUACUUCACCUCCAGAAGCUAGUUCGCUCGCAAAACCAGGUACACAACGAACUAAUCAACCAUUUGAAUAAAGUUGAGCAGGAAAGGAAAGAAAGUAGCCGAAGCUCAGGCCACGCAACAUCCGGGUAUGGAUCAAACACAGCAAACCUUUUGUCGGACGGCUCCGAGUCGCCUCUCGAGUUACGUCGUGCUCGUGAUAUUCUCAACGGCCUUCAGGUAGAUCAUGUCGCUGACCGAGAUCUAAACCGGAUGUCGGUUCAGCUACACCAAGCCGGCGGCUCCCCUGAAUCCGCUGGUUCUUCCGGGAUGAUGGGACCGCCAGGUGUAGGUGGCGCCAAUCCCUUCUUACAUGAUCCUCUGAAUGAUAUGCGACACCUUGUCUAUCCUGUUGGUCAGACGAUAGGCAUCGAUCCCUUCGCCGCCGAACACAUCAAUAACCUUCCAUACAACCGACCUGUGCAGGACAACGCGAUGGGCCCUAGCCCUGAAUUUAAUGGACCGCCGAUGCAUUCUCAAACUCCGCCGGGAGGUCCGUCGCAAAGUGGUUCUCCGUGGGGAUCCAAGAAACCCGUCGUCCUUCUCGUGGAAGACGACAGGACGUGUUCUCGAAUUGGUUCCAAAUUCCUUGCCCAAUAUGAUUGUGGCGUAGAGGUUGCACGCGACGGUCUCGAAGCUGUAAACAAGGUCAAUGCAAAACAGCAUUACUACGACUUGAUUUUCAUGGAUAUUGUGAUGCCUCAACUUGACGGUGUCUCGGCAACGGCGAUGAUCCGCGAAGUGCAACCCAACACUCCAAUCAUCGCAAUGACAUCCAAUAUUAAUCAGCAGGAUCUUGAAAUGUACUUCCACUGGGGUAUGCGAGAUGUGCUUGCCAAACCGUUCACCAAGGAGGGAAUGAUUGGCAAAUUGAGAAAACAUCUUGCCAAUUUCAUGCGGAACCCUCCCCCCGAGAGCAUGAUGGAUUCGAUGUACCCGAAUGGAGCCCCCGGUCAACCGCCGACGCCAGGUCCGUAUUCGAACCAAGGAAUUGGCAUGGCCCCCCUAUCAGCAGCCUCAUCCGGUCCGGUAGGAAAGUUCGACACCACCCCGAUUCAAUCUCCGGCCACGAGUGCUUCGUGGCAUUCUCCUAGUCAAAUGCCCCACGCUUCGCCAACGUUGGCACAGGAUCAGGGAUACUUAAACGCGGGCAGCGGCUCCCAGAUGGUGCUCACGCCGGGUGGGACUCAGAAGCCCCAAUACGCCAACGCCAUGAUGCCGCAAAUGGGCAUGCCCCCGCAGCAAAGAAUGCCCGAGGGUAUACAACGCUCAGACGGGCCGCCCGAGAAACGACAACGGCUAUAUGCGCCACAGGGGAAUUACAACCCAUGAAUAACAUCGCAUUUCUGCCAAUUUCCCACUAAUACCUUGAUCCCGACUUGUAUAUAUUCUCAUGUUUAGUUGCUCGUCCACGAGGUCCGCCGGAAUUCGGUAAUCGAUACGUUAAAAGGACAUGGUAUUGUUGACUUUGGUACCGUAGCAAAUCUCGUGCAUGGGGGUUACCUGACUGGUCUGCUGUGUCGAAGUUAUUGUGGCACUCGGAGCGGAAGAGAGCUCUGUGUUAGAUCAUGGAAUACCCCUUGAAUAUUUUCUAGAGCAAUAACUGCAUGUAUAUCAGUAGCAAGGAGCCAGCAGCUCC